GCGCUGGUGCGGGGGCUCCGGGAGAGCGGGCCAUCCAGAAGUCCUGUCUGGUUGGUUUUGGGCUCCCAUAGAUUUCCCCACCUUCGGUUAUCGCGGGGCAGGCACUGAAUGUUUUCCUUUAAUGGCUGCACUGUCUGUACCGCCUUUGCAGAAAAGAGAUUCACUCACUUUGACAGUUCAAUUCCCCCGCAGCGUGCGGGUUUUCCAGGCUCCUUAGGGCUCUGAAGUCCGCACCACUAGACCUGUUCGUGUGCCUCUAGGAGUAAAUCUGAUCCUUUUGUCUCUGGUCGACGGAAUUGGGGUGGAACAAGAGGAGCUGAUCUCCCGCAAUGGUGCUGGAUUCUCCAUGCCCUAGCAUGCACAGAUCCUCAAGGAUUUUACACAGCUGAACUGCAGCUGUGAUGUGGAGCUGCCUCCAUCACUUUCCUCUCUGCAAGACUCUCUGCAUUCCUGAUUCUCAAGCAAGGGAGCUCCAUGCCCACUUGAAUGGCUCCAUCAGUUCUGUUACCAUGAAGAAACUUAUGGUCCAGAAACCAUAUCUUCAGAUCCAUAAUAGAAUGACAAUGAUUGACAAGGAGAAGAAAAGGACUUUAGAAGAAUGUUUUCAGAUGUUUAAAAUCAUUCAUCAGAUUACCAGUAGGACUGAAGAUAUAUUAAUGGUAACUAAGGAUGUUAUUAAAGAAUUUGCUGCAGAUGGUGUCAAGUAUCUGGAGCUAAGGAGCACACCUAGAGAGGAAAAUAGCACUGGCAUGACCAAAAGGACAUAUGUGGAAGCUGUACUUGAAGGAAUAAAACAGUGUAAAGAGGAAGAUGUGGAUAUAGAUGUCAGGUUUCUAAUAGCAAUAGAUAGAAGAGGUGGACCUACUGUUGCCAAGCAGACUGUUAAACUUGCUGAAGAGUUCCUCCUUUCCACCGAUGGGAUUGUGGUAGGGCUUGACCUCAGUGGUGAUCCCACCGCAGGACAUGGCAAAGAUUUUUUUGAACCUCUUUUUGAAGCAAAAAAGGCAGGCCUGAAACUGGCAUUGCAUCUUUCAGAGAUACCAAAUAAAGAAGAGGAGACCAAAAUUCUCCUUGGCCUGCCUCCAGACAGAAUUGGACAUGGUACAUUUCUCAACUCUGUAAUAGGUUCAGAGGACCUUGUGCAGCUUGUGAGACAGAAACAAAUACCUAUAGAACUUUGCAUGACGUCGAACUUCAAAAGUCAGACUGUACCUUCCUGUGACAAACACCAUUUUGGAUACUGGUACAACUUGGGCCACCCUACUGUACUUUGUACUGACGAUAAAGGUGUCUUUGCAACAGACCUGUCUCAGGAGUACCAGCUGGUUGCUAAAACAUUUAAUCUGACGCAGUCACAGAUGUGGGACCUCUCUUAUGAAUCAAUCAACUAUAUCUUUGCUUCAAAUAGUGUAAAAUUGAAGCUAAAGGAACAGUGGCAUAAACUGAAACCAUGUCUGUUAAGUAAAUAAACUAUAGUUAUGGAUAGAUGAAAAUCGAAUAUACUAGCUCUGUUAAUAGAGAUGAUCUGCCUAAGAAGGUCUGCCUUUGGCCUUUUUAAUUUUUGUACAACCAUAGGGCCCAGUUGUGCAACCUCUGCUGAUAUGAAUUAAGAGCUACAGGAACAGAUCCUUAUUUAAUCAGAAUGACUAGAGCCCAGUGGGGAUACAAAACUUGUAUCCACAUCUGUAUCCACAAAAAUGAGUCACAGAUAUCCACAUUGAUAUCUGCAGAUGCAGUUACGUGCUGAUAUAAAGUGGAUACCUGCAAAUUUGCGGGGUUCUAAAUAACAAAACUUUAAUUUGCAUCUAUAUCUGCAAAAAAAUGAGCCAUGGAUUCACAGAUGUGGAUAAUCGUGGAUAUAAAGUGGAUAUCCACAGAUUUGUAGGAUUCUAAGGAUGAGAGGAUAUUUGAAGGAUAUCCACAGUCCGUAGAGAAAAAGUCUGAGUAAAAUUCCAGAUUUUUCAUGUACUAAAUAUCUUAUUCACUGGAGAGAAAGUAGGGGUGUUAGUGACUUUGCUCAAAUGUGUUAAAAUAUUGCAACAAUCAUAGUAAAAUAAAGAUGAGUAAGAAAAGAUCGCCAUAAAUAUAUAGCAAUAAUAUGCUAAACAGUAUGUAUAUGUGUUUCUGUAUCAACCUUAAGUAGGCUCAUUGAGCAGAAAGAUAUGGACAAUCUCAGGGAGGAGAAAAGCCUUGUCAAUAAGAACUUUGCACUCAGUUAAAAGUAAUGCUAGAACAGUUUCUGCUAAGAUGUCUGACCAAGGACUUCUGUAGGUAGUUUAAUGAAUACAAUAUGCUAUCAACACACUCAGUAUUAAGUGACUUAUGUUGUCUCUAUUACACUGGCAAGCAGAAAAAAAAUCUAAAAAGAAUCUCAACUGAGACGUGUAUAGGAUAUUGUUUUUAUAAUGCUUUAUUAUAAUUUAAAGUUUAUUUCUUUCAAUUUUUCUUAAGAAACAAAAAAUAGUUUACUUGAUUUUGUGUUUUUAAAACCACUGCUUUUGCUUAGGAUCGGUAGAUUUGAAGCAUGUAUAUUCUACAGUAAAUUAUGUUACAUUGUAUCAUUUAGGGAUGCUUUCCUUCUUUUUAGUGAUACAAGUUAGAGAAAUGGUCAGAGGUAAACAGGAUGAGGUUUAAUAAAGAGAAAUGCAAAGUGCUCCACUUAGGAA